CACGCUCUUUCACCACCGUACAUACACCGCAUCCAUUGACUGGACCUUGACAAGAGCUCAAGCCUCAUCGUCCGCUCAUUCGCAUCGCCGCCGACGUCCACAUCCAACUUUUUACGCUCUCUAAACCCAUGCACCGCGAUAUUGAGUUUGCCACAUCUCUGAGAGCACCACUCGCGCCUAAGUAGCGUCGGCCAUCCAACAUCUCAUGGAAACGAUAGCAUUACCGUCCCGUAUAUCCAGAGUCGAUUCACGCUACCGCCACUGGGCGCAGGACGUAUCGCCCCAGGGGAAGGCGGUACAGAGACCGCGGAGGGAAGAGGAGGAGCAGGAGGAGGCACUGUUGCACGACAGUCUCGACGAGCCGUUGCUGCUACGGGAACAGAAAGGGCGAGCUGUCAUGGGACGGGCUCAUCGCCUGUUCCACCGGCGCGCGGAGCAGAAAACGUCUCGCACUCUGACCGUGAAAGUGGAAGUUGUUGCUACUUUGGAUGCCAGUGGAAAUAUUAUCGGGCAGGAGACUGCGACGGCUUCAAUACCACAGGUGCCGGCAGUACCCACGGAUCCGUUGCCUUCGGUUCCUGCAGUACCUCCUUUUCCAAGCGACUUGACAGUUCCCGCAUAUCCAUGGCCUUCAGGCGUACCAACUGGCGUCGCUGGAGGCUCCGGCACACAAGUUGUCAUUUCGCCUGCGCCAACAAGCACAGCACUCCCCUCUUCGGCGGGGUUUAAUUCCACUAUACCUAGUACAAUCACGUUAGGAACAUCAUUUUCCUCAGCGCGUAAUAGCACCUCCACAUCAUCUUCGUCAUCAUCGCGAUCGUCCAGCCGACCUUCGACCUCAUCCACCCGAACAUCAACGUCGUCUACAUCAGUACCCUCCUCCAGCUUUUCAAGCGCGGCCACCUCUACCUCUGCUUAUGGAGGAGGUGGCGGGGGUGGCAACCCCGAAAACACGGCACCGCCUCCGGCAGCGACAACGACCGCCGCGGUAACCAAUGCCGGCUCUGACGGCAGUAGCCCUCUCGGGACUCCUCAGGUCGUUGGCACUGUCUUCGGGAGUCUUGCAGGUGCUGCACUUCUUCUAGCUCUGAUAUUGUUUCUCAUCAGGCGACACAAGCGCGCACAACGUGGCGCUACUCAGCUCACAGGAGACGAUAGCACUGAUAACCAGCCCAUUACCCAGUCGGCUGCCCGGACCAGCUUUAUCCCUCCCUCCUUCCUGAACCGCUUCUCAGGUGCCUCCAGGUCGACUGUAGGGAGCAGCGGCACGGGCGAGCGAGGCUUCCAGCGGAUAUCCGGACGGAAGCUUCCGUCAGCGUUCAGCGAAGGCAUAACAUCUGAGCAGAUUGCUCGUGGUGAGGGUACAAUGUCUGGAUCCUCGUUCUAUCGCGACGACAAGGGCCUCUACGGCGGCCCAGGCAUCGUCCCCAAAGACUUCGGGAAGGAGACCGAGCCGCCCUCCAGCUCUGGUGCAGUAGGGCUCAAAGAGACUCUAAUGCCCAGCCCCGCACGGACGCCCAUAAUCCACCAUCCAGACGACGCGCCGCCAUUCGGUACCAGCCGCAAUGGUGGAGGGUCAACGCUAAGCCCACCACAUACUCCCAACCCAGAUUUUCCGCCGCGAGGCACCCUAGGGAGAAGUCAUCCAUCACACGAUGGCUCACGGAGCUCCCGCUUCACGGAGAAUGUAUGACGAUCUGGACCUUUUUCUCUGUACUUCUAUACUGUCUUUUCCGCAAUAUUUCCUCACGACACGCAUGCACGUGCAUAGAGCCGGCAUUCCUUCCCUGUUACUGUUAUCGACGUCGGCUCCCUUUUG